UGGGCUUCUCCCCUAGCUUCCAUCACCAUUGUCAUUUCCAUUUGUUUCAGUAUAUAAUAUAAAGAAGUAGAAAAAGAAAGAGAAGAAAAGGAAGGGAAAAUGGGAAUUAAGGUGGGUGAGGGAAGAGGCAGUGCAAUCGGAAGAGCCGUCGCUGUUGCCGCCGUUAUAGGGUUAGUUAUGAUGUCUCAGUUGGAAAGCGUGGAGGCAGCCGUUUACGAUGUCGGGGGCUCCGGUGGAUGGACCUUUAACACCGAAAGUUGGCCCAAAGGAAAACGUUUUCGUGCCGGUGAUAUUCUCCGGUUCAAUUACAACCCAUUAGUGCAUAACGUGGUGGUGGUGAACCAAGGUGGGUUCUCCACCUGCAACACUCCGGCGGGUGCCAAAGUGUACAAGUCCGGCAGUGAUCAGAUCAAAUUACCCAAAGGACAAAGCUAUUUCAUCUGCAACUUCCCCGGCCACUGUCAGUCCGGCAUGAAGAUCGCCGUCAAUGCUCUCUAAUCUAUAAUAGUUUCACCCUUUUUUUUGAUAUGUUUAUUUACUGCUUUUAAAAUAAAAAGUUAUUGUAUGUGUUGUCCUUUAUUUACAUAACUAUAUACUAUAUUAUGGUGGGAGUCUUUCCUUUUUCUUUUUCUUUACUUUUUUCUCUUUUUUCUAGUUGAAAUGUCAUUUACUUUUUUCCAAACUUAUAUAACUCAUUUCAUCAUACCAA